UGGAAUCCAUAGCUGGAGGCAUCUUUAUCAAUUAGGCUGAGCUACACUCAAAAGAGAGACCUUAUAUAACUUCUGGAGAUUCAGAGUUAUUUUUGUCACUUCUAGCUUGCUUACAAGGUGAAUUAAUGAAAUUCUCUCCAAAUGAAGACCUCACAGCCUUGUUCCCAACAUAGACAGUUAUUUACUUCAAACACCACUUCGGCGACUGAAUAGGGAGGCUCGUUGCUUCCACAGGGAACACAUCCAGAAGAACAAGAUACGCCUGAGUGAAACGCAACUUCCUCCCCAAUUCAAGUGCACUUUGGCAACAUCAGCACCUCAGAUUCAGCAACUUAAACAGGAUAAAAAUGCCGCUUUUUAGCUGGAUGAAAUGGCCAAAGUACACCUGCAAAUCCACACAUGGCCCUAGCUCAGACGUGGUGACGAGGACUCUGCUUCGGGAACUGAAGUGGCAUCUAAAGGAGAGAGAGCGACUAAUACAAGAAAUUGAAAAUGAACAAAAAGUCAGAAAAACAGGUGUUGAUUACAAUUGGCUGAAGAACUACCAGAACCCAUACGUGACUAUCCCAGUGACUGAACAAAGGCAACUUGAAAUUCUUUGCUCCCAAGUUCAACCUUGCCAAACAGGCACAGUCCUCAGCAGAUUUCGAGAAGUUCUGGCAGAAAAUGAUGUGCUCCCCUGGGAAAUUGUCUACAUCUUCCAGCAAGUUUUGAAAGACUUCUUGAGCAGUGCUGACAGCAGCAGUCAACAUGGGGGCCUGGAAGAGACCAGGGGCACAGGGUACCCCACUCUACAGGGCACUGACCCCCAGCAACAUGCUACACCUUUGGGUCAAGAAGAAAUACCCACGAUUUCUAGCUAUGUGGACAAAAACAUCAAGAACAGAUUUCCAACAUUCUCACAGAGAAUAUGGAAUCUACCGUAUUAUUACCCUUCCAGUUACUUCUAA